UCAAAGCUCUAAGACCCGUUAUUGUAUCUUUUGUGGUAAAGUCAUUGUUUACCAAAAUAUUACCAACUUCUGAGUUUCUUAACUUGCCUGUAAGUAAUAGCAACAGUAGCAGCAGCAGUGGAUUAAUUGCAAAUUCUAAUCAACAUCAUAAAAAUUUAUCAAUUAUAACAAAAUCUUAUGCUAGGAUAGGAUUAAUUGGUAAUCCAUCAGAUGGAUUCUUUGGUAAAACCAUUUCGUUGCUGAUUUCAAAUUUUUGUGCAGAAAUUACUUUAAUUCCAAAUAAAUUUGUAGAUGAUGAUGAUAAUUAUUCAAAAAUUAAUUUGCAUACAUCAGCAAAUUUAAAUUUACAAUCAUUUAAGAAUUUAGAAUCUUUAGUAAAUAUAUCAACCAUAGAAGGUUAUGAUAAUCCGACAAAUUUAAUUCAAGCAACUUUAAAAGGUAAAUUUGAAACAUUGAAAUAUGUCCCGAUCCAUAUAAAAGGUAGUAGUAGAUUUAGGGAUGGAAACAUGUUGGAAUUUGGUGGUUCACAUCCUAUAAAAGAGAUUGCAAAAGAAAUAUUUCCAGAAAGCUUUGAAAAUAAUAGUGAUAGCUUCCAUUGGGAUGAUUUUCCUAUUGAAGCUCAAGAAAUUAUAAGAGAGUUCAGAUUAUUUACUAU